AUGGCCUCCACUUUUGUACCGCGCUCGGUGUUCCCCAAAAUUGACAGUAUCCCCCGCACUUACUUCCUAGGCCAUCACAAGGCUGGGCUUGAGAAAAUGAAGAAAAUGUUGUCGUCAAUUGAUCAUGUCAUUGAAUGUAGAGAUUUUCGCAUUCCUGCCACUUCUAUCAACCCUGUCUUCGAAGAGGCUUUGAGCGGGAAACGAAGGUGGAUCGUAUAUACCAAGCGGGACCUUGGAGGCGAUUUGAAGUUAGCGAACCAGAGAAAUGAGGCAAGGAUACAACAAUGGCAUAAGACAUCGAAGGCGUUCUUUACCAGCCGUUUCGAUAAUAAUACAAUCGUUCCGAUCGUGAAGGCCCUUAGAUCGCAACCGUUUAACCCAAAUAAACUCACAGGUGCUCGAAUCAUGGUAGUUGGGAUGCCGAAUAUUGGAAAAUCAAGCCUGAUCAACGCACUCAGAAAUUAUGUCAUGAAGAAGGGGAAGGCCGCCAAAACUGGUGCAGAUCCUGGCGUAACCAGAAGAGUCGGUGGCGGUAUUAAAAUCCUCGAGAGGGCCCAGGGAUCAGUCUAUGUGCACGACACACCUGGAGUCUUUAUGCCGUACAUGCCAGAUUCAGAGAGCAUGCUGAAGCUUGCGCUUUGUGGUUGUGUGAAACAUACUAUUAUCCCAAGCAUCACGUUGGCUGACUAUUUGCUUUAUCAAGUAAAUCUCCACAAACCAAGGGUAUAUGAGAAAUAUUCGCCGCCAACGAAUGAUAUAAUACCUUUUUUGGAGUCAUUUAGUGCAAAAACCGGAUGUUUCGCCAAAGGCGGAGUGCCGGACCUCGAUGCUGCGGCUAGGAAGAUGGUGCACAUGUAUCGAGAGGGGAAAUUUGGAGCCUUUAUUAUGGACAAUAUAUUGGACACGACAUUGAAGCUGCAGCAAGAACGAUUGGCAGCUAUGGGCGGAAGUAUUAACCAGGCUAAGAAGGCAGAGAAACUGGCCAAGAAAGAAAGGCAAAUGGAGACUGUGGAGGUAGUGUGA